AUGGAGCAUCUGCUUAAGCUGCACAACGAAGGGAAGGACAUCGAGCGACUGUUCUGCAUCUUGAAACUGCCGGUCCUACACCGGCCUGCGGAAUACAAAUUUAUGGAAGAGUACUGCAGUGUGAUGAAGCCACUCUCUUGUGCGCUGGACGUACUGCAGCGACAGGAACACAUGUUCAUCGGUUACCUGCUUCCAACCCUGGCCGUCCUGGAGAAACGAAUUAAAUACGAGGCUAUGAAGGGACUGUCAUAUUGUGGCCCUCUAGCUAGUGCUGUUCUCGACGGGAUUGAGAAGAGGUUUGGACACCUCAGAGGAAAGCGCGAGCUGGUUAUCGCCAGCUGCUUAAUACCAAAGUUUAAGCUGUCAUGGAUUCCCGACAGUUCUAUGCGAGACCAGGCGACCAUGAACGUAAGAACAGAACUGGCUGCAGUGACCCAACCAGCCAGGGCAGAUGUCGCCGCCUCGUCGGCGCCUGAAGAUUUCUUCUCGUUCGGGCUCCAAACCCUCCCAGCCGAGACACAGGAUGAGCUGUCGAGGUACCUGCUGGUACCAGUCCGCGCGGUUGCUUCGGACGAAGAGUAUGUUCUCACUGAGGGCAUCGCCACCGAUUUCGAGAAUGGCGUCGGCGCUGAGCUCCACAAGAUGCUACUGCAAAGGGCGCAGCAUUCCAAUAACUGGCUGGAGAAAUGGUGGGAGGACGUGGCGUACCUGUCUCAGCGUCAGCCGCUGCUGCCCAACUCCCACAUGGCCGGCACGUUCGCGCUCUUCGAGGACGCCUUCCAGUUCCAGGGCGGCCGCAGCCUGUGGGCGGCGCGGAACAUCACCUACUACCUCGACUUCUGGACCCUGCUCAGGCAAGAGAGGCUGAAGCCACAGUCAUUCCGCAAAAUUCCCUGGACCAUGCACCAGUUCAGAAGGUUCUUCAACACUGCGAGAAUACCUGCCGAAGGAAAAGACGAGCUCGUCUGCAAGUUUCUCACUGAGGCUGAGGAGAGCUACUCGGGCGAGUCGCCAACCCACAUCGUGGUGCUCCAAGGUGGCCACAUAUUCACCUUCGAUCUGCUUAACGAGCGACGAGAGCCUCUGACGGCGGCCGAGAUCACUGCUCAGCUCGAUCGCAUCAGUGAUGCAUGUGCGAGCUUGGGUCCUGGCAAUGGUGUGGGUGUCCUCACCCACGGAGACAGGGACAGUUGGGCACAGAAUCGCAAACUGCUCCAGAGUCUACACCCUGAUAAUGAACGCUGCUUACGCCUCAUUGAGGAUGCUAUGUUUGUACUCGCCAUGGAUGACGCUUCACCAAAGAACAGACAAGAGGUAAUGAGUGAGUGCUUGAAAGGGGACUGCAUGAAUCGCUGGUUGGACAAGUCAUACACAUUCAUCAUCUUCAGAAACCUCACCUUGGGCUCAUCAGCUGAU